AUGUUGCAAGUCGGGAAAAACUGCAGCGAUGGCCCAUCGGACGUGGACCCGGAGCUUGUGGAUUCUCAGCUGCGACGAUACUUGGAUGAGCGCGGCUUACUGAAGGGAGCCAACGGCGAGCCGACCCAUUGGAGGAUCGGACUGUCCAAAUUGAGUGGCCGGGGGGUGAUGGCGAGCAGUCGGAUAGAGCGGGGCGAGCUGGUCUACCGGGACAGCGCUCUGGUGUUGGGUCCGCGCUGUUACAGCAAGUACCUGCCGAUUUGCGCGAGCUGCCACAGUCGUGGUUGCGCUCUUUUUCCGUGCGAUCGGGGGUGUGGCUUGCCGAUCUGCUCCAACGACUGCCAGGACGGUGUGGACCACCGGGGCGAGUGCGCCUACCUGUGCUCGCUCGAGCCCGAUUGUGGGCCCCAGGGAUGGUCCCUCGAUGUGCUAAGGGCUCUCGUGCCCGUGCGAGCGCUGCUCUUGCCGGCACGGCUCAGGGAGCUGUGCUACUCGCUCCAGUGCAACCGAUCGGCGCACGAGGCUCGAGAGGUGGACAUGCUAAAGAAAACCGUGAAGGGUACACUGUCACGCGACGACGAGACUUUCAUGCGGCGCGUGUGCAACGUCAUGGACACGAACGCGUUCGAGUCGGCGGCACUGCACCGCGACUCGGACUCGACGACGAGCCUACGGGCGCUCUUUCCACUGGGUGCCCUGACGAAUCACCAGUGCGCGCCCAACACGCGCCACCUCGUCGACGAGGCCGGCCGGCUGAUAGUCUACGCGACAGAGGACAUCGCCGAGGGCGAGGAGAUCACCAUGGCCUACACCGAAAUGCUCUGGGACACGACCAUGCGCAGGCAGUUUUUGCGCGCGACCAAAAUGUUUUCCUGCCGAUGCCCCAGGUGUGCCGACGCUACGGAAUUCGAUAGUUUCUUGGGCGCCCUCCGUUGCGCCGACAAAGACUGCUCGGGUCGCCUGCUGCCCGUAGCUCCGCUGGCCUUCAGCUCCAAUUGGACUUGCAGCAAGUGUGGAACGAAUAUAAAAAACAAACAGAUAUCGUACAUUCGCGCUGGAAUACUGGCAGCGACCGAGGAGGUGAUUUACGAGAACCCCAGGAAAAUAUUGCAAUUCGUCAAGCGUGAAUUGAGCGUCCUGGUUCCGAAAAACAACUGCUUCAUGCUGGACAUGAUGUUUCGCGUGGUAUCGUUGUUCGGAAGAGCCGAUGGAUACACGUGGGAAGAUCUCACUGAUGAGGAGUUGGACGUCAAGGCGGAGUAUUGCAAACAUCUCGUGGCAACCUUGGAUCUGUUGAAAUGUGGCGGUUGCAUGAAAAAAGGAUUGAUUUUGUACGAGCUCUACUGCACGAAUGCUGAAAAACGGAGGAGGAUGUCUUUGAAGGGAACAAAUGACAGCAAAGUAUCGGAAAACGAGGUGAGUGUGUGUGAGCAAGAGAAUUGCAUCGUCGAAACAGUGGAAAUACUGAAAAACGAUGUUGCCGCACCACGUGAUUAUCGAGAGUUAUAUGCAGCGCGAUCUUCCAGCUAAUAGGAUGGACGAGACCAAAAAGUUUGUUUUAAAAGAAAAGUUUUUUG